AUGUUAUUCGAUCAAAAAGCUAAUAUGGAUACCGGUGGUGCAUCGGUAUCAUUACAAACGAAUUAUGAAAGUAAAGUGACCGCUCCAAGAAAUCCAACGCUAAAUCGCGGUCCAAAAAUCGAGCCCAAAUUGACACCUUCGUCAUUUUUAAAAGAAAUGUCAUUAGAUACCCAACAAAAAUUACUUUACACAAGAGAAAUGUACCUUCCAAAAAUAAUCUCUCUAUCAGAUAUGGCUGAAACAUCAUUACAAACAACAACUAAAGUUGACAUUGAUGAACCUUUAUUUCAACCGUAUCCAUCGGAUAUUACUUUUCAAAAAUAUGAACCAUUUAAUACGUAUGAAGUGCCUUUAUUACUUCGAAAUAAUGAUAAAGUUGCAAGAAUAGUUAAAGUCUCACAAGCAGAUACACCUUAUUUUACAAUUGUUACUCCACCGAAUGCAUAUCAAAAAGUCGCGCCUGGAGUCGCUCUUGUUUUUCGUAUUCAAUUCAAGCCAGAAGAGCAACGAGAUUAUGCACAUGAAAUUUUAGUUGCAACUGAACGUGAAAAAUUUCUUGUACCCAUUCGAGCGAUCGGUGCUCGAGCUAUUUUAGAUUUUCCUGAUUCAAUUACAUUUCCAACAACAGCUGUAAAAAGUAAUAAUAUGAGUAAAGUUUUGUUUGUUCGAAAUAUUGGCAACCGUGAAGCUCGUUUCGUUUUACAAAUAAAUAAACCUUUUCAUGUUUCACCUGAAAACGGUCUUCUGUCCGUCGGUGAAAGUAUGCAAGUAACUAUUGACUUUCAUCCAACAGUGAACGGUGAAAUGAAAGAUGAACUUGUUAUUUUAUAUGACACUGGAGAAAAAGUUUAUGUUAAUGCAUAUGGUGUUGCACAAGAUAUUAAUGUUCGAUUAGAAAAACGAUCUAUUCAUUUUGAAAAUACUUAUCUAGAAAUGGUCAACCAACGUACUGUCACAUUAUCAAAUCGUAGCGAUCAAUUAGUUCAUUUUCAAUGGAAACAAUAUGCUACCGAACGUGAAGAAGAACAACACAAAUUAAGACAACUUCAUGCACUCUCAGACGAAGAAGUCAAUGCAUUACAGAAACUGAAUGUUAAUUCCAGUGAAUCUCCCUCAGCUGGUCCAUUUGAUUUUGGUGUAUUAAUUCAACGUACAUUUAUUAAUCAUCGUCGUCAAUUAAGCAAUGAAUCUUAUUUAUUCACAAAUACAAAUUUUCGUAUUGAUCCACUCGAAGGUGACCUAUGGCCUGGUGGUACAUUAGACAUUCAAGUUCUAUUUAAACCAAGUGAAGCACGCAAAUAUGAACAAUUAGCAUGGCUUGACGUUGUUGGCCGUGAACAACGAUUACCAUUGACAUUGACAGGCGAAGGUGAAGGCGCAAAAUUAGAAUCGUCAUUUCAAACAUUAGAUAUCGGCUGUGUUUAUGUUGGUUCGACACAUCUCUAUGAAGUUGUACUAGCUAAUAAAGGUUUUAUUGAUGCUCGUUAUCGAAUUCGUAAUUCAAAUUCAAUGUUCGGUUCAUGUUUUCAACUUGAUCCGUCAGCGGGAACAGUCUCCAUGGAUAAUUAUCAAGCUAUUCAAAUAACAUUUCAUAGUGAACAACUCGGACAAUUUCAUGAAGUAUUUAAUGUCGAAAUUGAAGGUAAUCCAAAUCCAUUAAUCGUAGCCAUAUCUGGACAAGUCAUCGGACCAACAUUUUAUUUCGAUCAAGCUCAAUUAAAAUUUGGUCUUGUUUCCUAUGGUUUUCAAACAACAUUAGGAUGUCAUUUAUUUAAUACAUCACUUGUGCCGAUGCCAUUUAGAUUACACAUUGAUAAAGAUAAACAUAAUAAACCGAAUCUUGUUGCGUUCGAUGACGAAGAAGAAGAAGAAGAGGAAAUAACUAAUGAUAAUGAAUUUCAAAUUCGACCAUCACGCGGUAAUAUUCCACCACAGAGUGAUACGAAAGUUUAUGUUGAUUUUAUACCUAAAUCAAUUCAAAAAUAUGAUACAUUUCUGCAAGUCGAUAUUGAUGGUGUUGGAAGAAAUAUAUUCUCAUUGCCGAUUACAGCGAAGAGUACUGUUCCUCGUAUAACACUACAUACUGAAAUUCUCGAUUUGGGUCGUACAUUUUUAAAUAAUCCAAAUCAACGUUACGUUCGUUUACAAAACUCCACAAGUCUUCCAAUGCGUUAUCAAUUUUUAUAUCCUGGUACUGAAACGUUACAUUUUGAAUCAGCUGAAGGAGAAGGUGUUAUUGAUGCGAAUACAACACGAGAUGUUCCAUUAACAAUAACAAUAAAACAACUUGGUGAUAUCACAGAAAAAGUUGAAAUCCAUCGUGUUGGUGCACGUGAUCCUUCACUAGAAUUAGAAAUCACAGCAACAGGUACAGGACCUGUUCUGUUUAUUGAUCCAGGUGAAUUGCGUUUUGGUACAAUCAGUGUACUCGAUGAGCAUACACAAAUGCUUUCACUUUCAAAUGAAUCUCCAAUUCCAGCUGUAUUUCAUUGUGAUUUCGAUAAGAAAAAUUCUUGUUUUUCAUGUGUACCGAAUUAUGGUGUUGUUGAACCACAUACAUCAAUUGAAGUUCGUGUUAUCGCACGACUUAAUGAUCGACUCAAAUUUAACGAAGAAUUAAUCAUUUUUGUUGAUCAUAGUUCACCACGUUCAAUACUUAUAACUGCUCAAGGUACAGGCGCAUUAAUUGUACCUGAUGUACCAAUAUUUCCAUCGCUUAAUUUGGGUUCACGUUUUGUUGGCACAUCGAUUGUUCAACGAAUACAUUUCACAAAUAAAGGUCGCCGUCAUUUGGCUGUUCAUUUUAUUCCAGCCGGUGAUACAACAGCAGCCUAUGGCGUUCAGAGAAAAACCAAAGCAAGCAGUAAAGAUAGCGAUUUGAAUCGUGCAUCUGAACAAAUAUUUCGUCUUGAACCAGAACGAUUAGAAUUUUCGCCAGGUGAAACUCGUCUAUUGACUGUAACGGGUUUUGCAGCACAACCGAAAACUAUCGAUGAAAUAUUUACUUGCUUGGCUAUUAUUGGCCGAUCAACAGGACGUGAUAAAUUACUUUCAUUGAAAAUUCAUUGUGAAUUUGUCGAACCAUUAAUGUCGUUCUCGAAGACAGAUCUAUAUUUUCGUGUCGAAUAUAAUGAACAAACAAUAGCCGAUGGUUUACGUACACCAGUGUCAUCGGAAUUAACAUUUUCAAAUAUAUCAGCCAUUGAUUUAACUGCUAAUCUUCGUGUAAAACAUCCAUUUUUAUUAAAAACUGAAGCCAACGAUGAUUCGAGCUCAACAAGUCGUCUCGAUAGUACCGAUGAAACAUUACCGGAAAUACCGCCAGGUUUUACAUUAACAAAAAAAAUCAAAAUAUUAACAGGAAUGAGUUAUGUCGAACACAUUUAUUUUGAUCCAAGUGCCAAUACAAAAGAAUUAUCAUGGAAAUGUGAUGAACAAGUAGUUUUUACCUAUGAAGAACAUGCGUUUAAUGAUAUCGUAAGUUUACACGGUGAAGUACAUUAUCCGAAUUUAUUAAUUGAACAUGCUGAUCUUAAUUUCGGAUGCAUUCUCAAUGGGACUGAAGUAACACGAUAUGUAACCAUGGUGAAUGUAAGUCCAUUGCCUGUAAAAUAUUUGUGGGCGUUUAUACUUGAUGAAAACGAUCGAAAUUAUUCAUUUGAACCACAACCGCAAACAAAUAUUUCAUCGCCACAAUUAAAUCAAACACAAAUUCAAAGUGGACCAUGGUCCGAAAAUGCCGAUCAACCAAUUACAUAUGAUACGACAAAUACUAAUCCUAAAUUAGAAGAAAUAUUUGAUAUUUCACCAUUUUUCGGUUGUCUUCAACCCGGAGAAAUCGAAAAAACUGCUGUUCGUUUUUAUGGUCAUCCAGGUAUAAAAACAGCUGUUAAAGCUAUAUGUCAAGUAGAAAAUGGUCCUGUCUAUGAACUCUAUCUACACGGUCAAGCAUCCUACAUGGCGUAUCGCUUAAAUACACAUGAAAUUGACUUUGGUGAUAUUUAUUUUGAUAAAACUGCAACACACACAUUAACAUUAACAAGUGUUGGUUUGGUUCCAUUAGAUUUUCAAAUUUUAAAUCUAUCAAAUUUAAAGACCAAUCAACAACAUGAACAAAUCGAUGUUGAACCUCAAUCGGGUGAAUGUGAGGCAUUUUCAUCAACUGUCAUAACCGUAAAAUUUCUGCCGAAUGUUCCUGAAAAAUUUGAAAAAGUUAUUUAUCUUCAAGUUGCACAUUUUCAACCUGAUGAAGUACGUUUAAUUGGCACGGGAAUGUUUAGCCGAUUAGAUAUUGAUCUACCACGUUAUAUUAUCAAUAAUUCCGUCGAAGAACAAUUAUAUGAGCAAAUCAAGGAAAAGUUCGAUGAAAAAACUCUUCAACAUCAACUUGAUACAGUUGUCGUACAAACUUUUGUACAAAAAUCGAAUGAAAUCAAUCCACACUUUAUGGAAUUUAUUGGUCAAUCACCAACACAACAACAAUUACAAUUGCAAUCACUACACUCGAGUAAUGCAUCACUAUCAUCAUCAUCGACAAGCUUAUCAAAACGAAGUGUUAGCAGUAAAUCAAUACCUAUUUUACCAGAUUAUUUAGUUGAUUUCAGUUAUAUUAUUUUGGGAACUGUCCGACAAAAUUACAUUCGUGUUAAAAAUCCAACAAAUAAUAAUAUUACAUUUCGUUUCGAUCGAUUAGCAUAUAAAAAUACAGGAUUUUCAUUUGAUUGUGAUCAUGUGAAAAAUUUACCGCCUGGUGAAUAUAUUCGAAUUACAGUUACAUUUGAUCCACGUGGAGCUAAUCUCGAACUUGGACCGGUAGAAUUACGAGUACCAGUUGAGGUAACUGCUGGUCCUACAUUUCAUUUACGUUUGAAAGCUAUUGUAACAAUGCCAGAUUUAAAUGUAUCAAAUGACACACUUGAUUUUGCUACUGUGAAAUGUGGUGAAUGUAAAAUUGCAACAAUACAAUUAAAAAAUCCACAAGAAAUUCGAUGUGAAUGGGUUGCUAUAUAUCCAGGAGAAGAUACAAAUAGUAAACAAGUCGGUCGUUUUCCUCGUCGUGGAAAUAUUAGUACUAGUCGACGAAAACCAUCAACACGUAUUUUUGAAGUUUUACCGCCAUCCGGAUCACUUCUGCCUGGUCAAAAAACAAAUGUUCAAAUUAAAUUUACACCUACCGAAGAAAUUAAUUAUGAAUCACGUGUUCUAUUACGUAUCAAUCAAAGUAGUCAACGUUUAAUGAUAAUAUGUCGUGGUGUUGGUCUUGAACCUCAAAUUAUAAUCGGACAAAUGCAUGGCGACAUAUUUGAACCAACAACAUCGAUUAUUUUCAAUCCAAUUCUAACACAUAGUCAAGGUGAUGAACAAGAUAUUGUUUUACGUAAUCCGUGUAUGUUUCCAAUUGAAAUUUAUAAUCUUGAAUUCGAUAAACAAUAUCUCGAAGAAGAAAAAAUACUUCGACUACUACCAGGUUAUGAUGAAAAUAAUAAUAUUCUUUUACCAACACGAGCUGCUGGAGAUAAAUUACCAGCUGAAUUACAAAAGUUUCAUGAUGAUGUGAUUAAACGAGCUGAAGAAGAAAAACAAGGAGAAGCAAUAAAAAGAACAGAGGAAACACCAUAUACAAUUGAUGGGAUUGAAACCAACGGUGGUGAAUUGGCUUCUUCAUCACAGCAGCCGAUGGCUAGUGCUGAACGUGCUGGUGAUAGAGCAACAUCGAAUUCUAUUGGUGAACCAACUGAAUCUAUUGGAGAUAAGAGUGAAUUUACAUUGAAACGUGUAGCGGAAAAAAUUAUUAACUAUGAUAUGACACCGGUUGCACAAGCUUUAGCUCGUCAUUUAGGCAUUGAUCUAACCUCUGAUGGAAUACAAGCACGCAAUCGACGUGGUAUUUCUGUUAUUGUUCAUGGUCCACCUGGUUCUGGAAAGACAAUGAUAUCGCGUGAAAUCAGUGAACGAUAUGAUUGUGCAUUACUUAAUCUUGAUCAAGUGAUUAUUGAUGCUAUUGAUAGCGCACAACGAAGUGAAUUUGCACAACGUGCAUAUCUUAUGUGUCGUGAUGCAUUCGAAAAAAAUAUGGAAGAACAACGGCAAACAGACGCCGAUGUUGAUCAUGCUCCGGCUGCCCAAUUAGCUGCACAUAAUAAAAAAGUUUCAGACAAAAAGAAGAAAGGUGCUGAAACAACUGAUCCAACUACUCAAACGGCAACAUUCGAAGCGCAACCAUUAAAUUCACCUCUAUCAGUUCGAUUUAAAAUACAUAAAAAUUCAUCGUAUCCUUUAGAUGGAGAUUCCGUUGAACAAUCAAGAGAGAAUGAAGAUAGCCAAUAUGUUCCUGAUGAUCAAGAAGAACUUAUGACAUUCGUUCUUACCGAAGAUAUUUUUGUUGAAAUUCUUGCUGCAAGACUUCAGAGAGCCGAUUGUAUUCACGGUGUGGUGUUCGAUAGUCUUGACACAUCUUUUCUUGCCAAUCCAGCUCAAACAGCAAUUGCAGUACUUAAAGCUAUCAAUAAUCGUUCAUAUAUUUAUGGAAUUAUAACAAAUUUUUCCUAUUCUAAAUACAAAGAAGCCCAAGCUCGAGCUGACGAGAUACGCCGUUUCGAAGAACAACAACGAGAGCAAACUGAAAAUGAAUAUGUGGAAGAAAUGGGCGAAGAUGAAUAUGAUGCAUUACCCGAAGAAGAAAAGCAGCGUAUCGAUCAAAAACGAUUACAACGAAAAAAAGAUCGUAUUCUUCGAGAACAACGAAAUAAAGAAGAAAAACUUCGAUUAGAACAAGAACGUAUAAUAUUAAAAGAAGCUGAAUUACAAAAAACUAAGAAAAAGCCUGGUUCAAAUCCAGCAGGUGGCAAAGGUGGUAUCGCUCCUGCAAGUGGCAGUGAAAAGGGUACUUCGGCAGCUACAGGCAUAACAGCUGCAGCUGCUGCUGCUGCAGGUGGUAAAACAAGUGCUCGACCAACAUUAAUCAGUGCACGAGGCCCACCAGUUUCUGAUCGUUCUAAUCCAAAAACGGAAGUAACAACGAAUGAAGAAAGUGAAAAGAAAAAAGCAAAACAAAACGAAUCAAAACCUAUUAAAGAUUCUACUACGCGAGACGAAAUAGAUAUUGCCAAUAAUUUAGCUAAAGCUUCAAUUACAAGCGAUGGUGAUGAUGAAAAAGAAAAGAAAAAAGAUCGAGAAUUAUUAGUCAAAUUUAAAACAUUCGAAUAUUAUCGUAAUGAUUUACUUAGUGUGUUUGAUUUAUGGGAUCGAACAAAAGGCAUAACACGAAGUCCACCAACACCAACCAACCAAUCAGAAGAAGAACAUGUGACAGGUGCUGCAGGAACUGGUGGUGGUGCAAAGAAAAAUGUGCAAAAGAAGGAUAAAGCUAAGAAAUCUGAUACAAAAGAUCGAGAAAAAGUUGAACGAGCCGAAGAUAGUGGUCAACCAAAUACGCCUAAUCAACAACAAUCCACGUCAACACCGACUAAUUUCGAUGAAAGUGGGCAACCACUCAAAGAUGAACAAAAAAAACAAACACCUCUAGGAGCAGAUGAUGUAAUUAAUAUUCCAACAAUCCAAAUUGAUACACCUGUCGAUUACAGUUCAAAUCAAUCAUUGCCAUCCGAACUAAUGGAUUCAAUUAAAAAUCGUUUACCAAGUUUAGAUCUAGUACUCGAUGGAAUGGGUCAAGGUCCACGUGGUCCACCUGUACCUAAACCAUUUGACUUUGCUGUUGUUCCAUUUCCGGAACCACGUAUUAAUCCACCUUGUGCUGAAUAUGGACAAUACUUUUUCGUUGCUACACAUGAAAAUGAUCCAAAUUUAUAUCCAGAAGAUGGCAAAUUAAAAGAUGGCAAAACACCAGAACCGACAUUCAUUGGAGAGGAUGCCGAUGGAAAAGAUACCGGGCCUAAAGGAAGACGUAGUCGAGGUGACCGAGAAUCUAUAACAACGAAACGUAAGGCCAGUGGUGGACCUAUUGGUAGUACUGAAGGUAAAUCAACGACUCGUGGUACUUCAAAAGGUGGUCGAUAUGGCGGAAAACAAUCACCCACACAUCAUUCGUCUGAUGGGCAAGAUGGAACAAGUGAAUCCAGUGUUGACAAACUUCUACCAAGAAUUGUUCGCUUCCGUUGGAUUAUUCCUGCUAAUAGUGAAAUACGUGUUCGUCUUCGUUUUAUUUCCAGUGAAGUUGGACAAUUUGAUCAAACUGUAUCUUUUGAAAUUGUUGGUACAAAACGAAAUUAUAAAGUAUUCUGUCGAGGUGUAUGCACGUUUCCAUCAAUCAGUCGUGAACCUCGAACUGUCUUUCCUAAUCGACAAAAAACACGUAAACCAAAUGAAAUUGUUCAUAAGAAAUUCAUUCUAUCAACGGAACAAUAUGAUUUUGGUCCAUUAGUAUUAGGCAAAGACAUAAACAAAAUUCGUUCUGGUACUUAUCAAACCAAUGUUGAAACAUUAACCAUUGAUAACACAUCACCUAUGGAUGUUGAAGCUCUAUUUUGUUUCUUAUACGAAGUUGAACCGUCCAAAGCUGCAUUUUUUCUUGAUCCAACUGAAAUGCAUCUUAAAUCUGGCGAAUCAAAACAAUUAAAAAUUAUUGCUAAUCCACCAAGAGAAGGUCACUUUGAUGAUUCAUUGGUUAUUUGUAUUAAAGAAAAUCCUGAACCAAUUGUUUAUAAAUUAUCUUGUGAUGGUUGUACACCUGAAUUACAAAUUGAACCGACAUCCUUCGAUUUUGGUCAAGUAUUACUCUAUCGAAAAGAAUCACGAGUCAUCAAAUUGAAGAAUGCAAAAUUGAUUCCUGUUAAAUGGCGUUUAAUAGGUAUUGGACAAGAGGGUAUCGGACAAGAAUUUUCAACAAAAACUGAUACGGGCGUUGUUGAACCAAUGAGUACAUAUGAAUUACAAUUGAAUUAUUAUGCUAGUCGACCAAGAUCGCCAGCAUCAAUAAAAAAUAAACUUUCACUUAAACUUGAAAUAUCUGACACAGACGGUAUGCCUGGUGCUAUUAAAGCUGUGAAUAUUCCUGUAUUUGUCGAACCCUAUGAUAUUGUUUUGGAUAUGACAUUUCAAAAAGGUAACGAUCGUGGUAUCGAUUUUGGCAACGUACGUGUUAAUCAAGAAACCAAACAAUCAUGUGCACUUAAAAAUAAAGGCAAACGAGAAAUAAAAUACAAAUUUGAAUUAGUAUCGGAUCCAAAAUCGAAAGUUGAUGCCAGUAAAUUUUUUGAAAUUGCUCCUAAACAAGGAACUCUACCAGCUGGUGGUGAUCGAAAUGCUCAAUUUACAUCUGUGAAUAUUACAUUCAAGCCAACAACUGAAUUACAACUUCGUGAAGCAGAAAUCAUUGUUGUCAGUGUGAUAAAUGUAGCACCAUCACCGAAAGGAACUGAAAGUGGUGGUCAACUUAAUCAAUCAAACACACAUAUUGGUGCAUCCCAAAGUACAUUAAAAGGUGGUAGCGAAGCAGUUCCAAUACGAAAUGCUGCUGUUGCAAUUCAACAGCCACCUGCACCACUUGUUGAAGAAGAAGUAGCACGUAUUCGACUUAAAAUCUCAGCUAAAGCAACAUACAGCAGAUUUCUACUAAUGCCUGAACGAGAAGUUAACUUUGGCCCAAUGCCAAUGGGUACAUCUCGUCGUAUAGAAAAAUUUAUUAUCGAAAAUCAUGGUGAACACGAUUUUAAAUAUAUUAUUCAAAAAUAUCAGCGUGAAGUUUCACCACAAAAAUUAAAUAUCAAAGAUUAUAAGAAAAUCUCGCCACCGAAUCGCGCUGAUUCAGCGAUGAGUGCAAAAACAGUACGAAAAUAUGAUCAAACAAGAGAUGCACCGACUCAGGGUCGUUUACAAGUUGGACCGUUUAUAAUUUCGCCAGCAUUUGCUAUGAUUAUGCCAAAUGGAAAUACAACUGUCUCAGUCGAAUGUAUUCCUGAAUCAGAUGUACCAAGAAAAUUUGAAGAGGAAAUUCUUAUUGAUAUUGCUGAUAGAAAUCCAACUGAUUAUCCACAAGGCGUGAUAUAUAAAUUGAAGAGUGAAUUAAUUGUACCACAAAUUGAUACAAGCGAUCUAUCAUCGAUAUUCGAAGAACAUCGACUCGUUCGAAAUCUUUCUUCAUUUCAAAAUAUUGCUGAUUCCGUAACUGGUGGUGUCUAUGGCGAAGAAGAACGUCGUUUUCAAUUUCGAAAUGUGAUUGUUGGUCGAACAUCAAAAGCACGAUAUAAAAUUACAAAUUCACAAAAAGUGCCAGUCGAUAUAACUCUAGCCUUACGUCCAACAAAUAAAGGGCAAAGAGUAGUUGAAUCAUUCGAACUCGAUGUUACUCGCGCGCAAAUUCCACCAUACAGCAGUCAUUAUGCUGUCGUUUCUUUUACGCCCGCAUCUAUGCAAUCCUAUUCGGCAAUGUUUGAUGUAAUUGUCGAUGGACAAUUGAAAACAGCUAAAGAGACUCGUAUCACACCGAACUUCACAUUUGAAAUAAAUGGCGAAGGUCAUCUACCUCGUGUUAGUAUUAUACGGCCAGCCAUAAGAAAUAAAAAAGCACAAACAAUGAUGAUCUUUAAUAAACUAUUACUUGGCCGACAAGCUUCUCUACAGUUGCUAUUAAUUAAUGAUGGUGUUUUACCUGCUAAAGUUGAUUUUUAUUUGCAUGAUGUUGAAAAUGUUUUUUCAUUGGAAGCAUCGAAUGAAAAUCCUCAUCCUGAACAUCUUGUUAUUAAUGAUUUAACUCGAAAGGCUACCGCAGCCUCGGCUAUAUUUGAAGUUGGUAAAAAAAUUGCAUUGGAUGUUGUAUUUAAACCUAAAACAACACAAGGACCACAACGAUAUGAAGGCGCGCUUCGACUUGUUGUUGUCGAUAAUCAAUAUGAAGAUACUAUUGUUCAAUUGAUCGGAGAAAGCUAUACCGAUGAUAUUACAUUGGAUAAUAUUCAUGGAUUAGUCAUGGCAGAUGAACCUUUAACAAUCGAAAGUGGCCAACAGACUAUUGUAGAAGAAGAUGCACCAGUUGCACUUUCAAAUACGAUCAACUUUGGUGAAAUUCACUUAAAUGAAUCUCGGCAAAUUCUAUUUUCUAUCACAAAUCAUCAUCAAAAAGAUUCCGUUCGAUUUGAAUGGCCUGAUCAUCCUCAAUGUACAUUUUCACCACGUGUUGGCCAUCUUCAUGCAGGUUGUACAAAAGAUGUUCAAGUAACAUUCAAAACAAAUAAACCAAUUCAAUUAACGAAAGAAAAACUUCUUUGUUCAAUAAUAAAAAUAACAUUCGAUCGACCGGUUAAUGAAGUUCCGGAUUGGGAUGAUCGUAUGCGUUCAGUUAAAUGGAUCGAUGUUUCAGCGCCUGCUACCGAUUCAACCAAUGCCGAAACACAACGCUCAAAUCGGCCAGCACGAAAGAAAGUGGUCGAAGCUGAUAUUGAACCAGCACAUCAACGUAUUGAAGAACAAACACGUAUUUUGGAUAUUUAUGCAUCGGCCAUUGCCGAUUAUUGCCGUUAUAAAUGUAGCGAAUUUGAAAUUCGAUAUUUUGAUACUGCUAUUUUGCAAACACGAAUUCAUGAAGUAACAAUUACAAAUCGUGGUAAAGUAUCAUUUCAUUAUGCGUGGCAAGUACAUAUGGAAGAUAGUCAACGACCAUUUACUCCCAUGAUUGAUCGUGAUCCACCAACACCUGAACCAACAGAUGGCACACGAAAAGGACAUAAAGGCGGAGUUCGUAGUCAAGCACCAAACGCUCCGGCAACAGAUGCAUUGAAUGCACAAGAAUCAUCAGCAGCAGCUCCACCUGGCUCUCGAGGAAAAGAUAAAACGGGCAAAGAUGCUGGUAAAUCAACGGGCAAAGAUGGACCAACUGGUAGUAAAACCAAAGGUGCACGUCAAUCGGUUAAAUCAAAUGUGACAGCAGAAAGUUUAGCCGAAGAAAAAGACAAUGACAAUGAUCCAGCAUUCUUCAAUGAACCACCAAAUACUGCUGACAUGCUACGUGGCGACUCCGAAUCAAGUGCUCGAUCACCACCAAGUGUCAUGACUGAUGUUGGUUACGCACCAUUUAUGAUUGAACCAGAUACAGGUUCGAUUGCUGUUGGUGCUACUCAAGUAUUUAAGAUUAAAUUUGCACCACUUGAUGUCAAUGAUUAUCAAGCACGAUUGACUUGUUGUAUACCAAAUUUAGAAACAGCUAAAGCAGGACCCAUUGUUGCCGUUCGUGGUCGAAGUAUUUUACCAUUCUGUCAUUUUGAAUUAGAAGAAUCUGAUUAUUUAACCAGUGGUCGACGUCGCCUUGACCUUUUAAUAAAUAAUGGUUCACCACAAGCACCAGCUGCAUUUGUUGAUCGUCAAACUCGAGUUAUGGAAUUUAAAGCUGUUGGUAUUGGAUCAACACUUAAUAAAUCAUUCUCUGUAUUAAAUCCAACCGAUGCUGAUUAUACAUAUCGAUGGAUAUGUGAAGAUAAUCUUGAUCUCACAAAACAACCAUCGUUUGUAUGUCGUACUCUGCAAGGCAAAAUAGCAUCGGGCAAAGGAGUUUUAAUGUCAUUUGACUUCUUUCCUCGUUCAUUUGGAAUCAUUGAAUCUGCAUAUCGUUUUGAAAUUCCAGCACAUUCUUUAUCCGUUCCAUUUUUACUUGUUGGUCAAGUCAAUGAACCUCAAAUAUUAUUUGAUCGAACAUUUGUUUCGUUUCAUCCUGCUCUGAUUGGUCAUCAUGUUGAAGAAACUUUAACGUUAAUCAAUAAAGAAAAUCGUUCAUUUCAUUAUCAAUUUCUCGAACGAUGCUUUAUCAAUGGUACCACCAAUACAGAUUUAAUUAUUGAACCUGCACCAUCAGGUGUCGUACCACCUAAUACACGUUUACCAUUACAUUUAAUAUUUCGUCCAAAACAAAAUCGUGCAUAUACAUAUGUUCUUCAAUGUCGUAUUGAUGAAACUAUUGAACUUCUAAAUGUAAAUGUAAAAGGUGAAGGUUUUGCUAAUCUAUCAAGUGUUCACUGUGAAACAAUUGAAGGUAAUCGUUAUGAAUUAACAUCAUCUCAAACUGGCACUAAUGAAAUACAUUUCGAUGAUGUUCUAAUCGGUAACAUUGCAUCGAGACAAAUACAAAUCUCCAAUGAUGGCAAAUAUGCAUUUGAUUUUAAUUGGUUUAGUGAUAAUGAACAAGAGCUGACACCAUUUUCAAUGGCACCCAUGAAAGGUACAAUAUCCAAUAGUCAAAAACAAACGUGUCUAAUAACAUUUGAACCACGUACACGUGAACAUCGUGCAUUAAUACAACGUUCUCUUCAUUUAAAUAUUGUCAACGGAUUAAAAUAUGAUUUAUCACUGAUAGGAAAAACAACAACGCCUAAUAUAGAAUUUUCAUUUUUAUCAUUUAAUUUUGGUCCGUGCUUUGUUUAUCGAGCUGGUAUGCCGGAGAAUAUCUGUGAAUUGUUAAUACAAAAUAGAGAUUCAAAAGAUCAUACCAUUGAAUGUUUAUAUCAAUCAACAGCACAAUUAAUGUUCGAUUUUAAAACAGGUUUAAUUCCAUCCAAACAAACUACCGCUUGUAGGUUUACAUUUUAUCCACGAGAACAAAAAAUCUAUCGAGAAACGAUUCAAUUCGAAAUCGAUGGAUUAACCAUUGUUAAUGUUAUUAUUGAAGGAGAAGGAGUCGAUUUUCGUGUUGAAUUAGCUGAACCAAAACAUAAAAUUCUUAAUUUAGGCGCAUUACAAGCUGGUAAAAAUGUUACACGUGAAGUUUGUCUUGUUAAUCGAAGUCGUGCACAUAUAACUAAUUGUUACGUUGUAUUGAAUUCAUCUGAAACUAGUACAGUUCGUGAAAAUCUAACUGUUCUACCAACCAAUACAAUAGCAUUAAAAGCUCGAGGUGGUACACAGACAGUAACCGUUAAAUUUUCACCUCGUUCACGUUUAGCACCAUUUGUCGAACAAAUCUUUUUGAAAUAUGGUGAUUUAGAUGUUCCUAUGUUUGCUGUACGUGGCUGUUGUCAAGGUUAUGAUAUUAGUCUUGAUUCCGAUACACUUCCGUUCGGUGCUGUUGGUAAAGAUUGUUCAUUGACACGUAAACUGAUUCUGUCGAAUCGAGGUGAUAUUGGUGCGUCAUUUGCAUGGAAUCUCGCUCAACUACGUGAUGUACCAUUUCGUGUAUCGCCGACAAAUGGUUAUAUUGCACCGGGUCAAGAAGCAACAAUUGAAUUCGUCUUUCAACCGCGUGCUAUUCGACAUGAUAUACGUUGUGAUCGACUUGAAUGUCGAUUGGAAGGAACACAACCGGUUACUGUUACAUUAAGUGGUUCGUGUGUGGAAGUUGCACCGGCACGUGAAACAAUAGUCAUAUCAACAGCUGUACGAUCAAAAGAAUUAUCGAAAUCGAUUUUGUUAAAAAAUAAUACAAAUACACUAUGGACAUUAACACCUAUUAUCAGUGGAGAAUAUUUUUCAGGACCUGAAACAGUCAUAAUUGAACUUAAUUCAACAAAAAAUUACGAAUUAACUUAUCUACCAUUAACUGAAGGUAAACAUACUGGUACAUUAUUUUUCCCAUUACCCGAUGGAAAUGGUCUUCUUUAUAAUGUUAUUGGUAAUGCUGAAGCACCGCGUGCAUCAGGCAAAUUUACACGUGAAGUACCAUGUAAAACGCCUUUUGUUGAAUUAUUACCAAUUGAAAAUUGGUUGAAGAAACCGCAACGUUUUCGUGUAACACAUGAAAUAACUAAACAAGAUCGUCCAGAAGUCACAACAACCAUAAAAUAUCUUGAAUUUAUUGAUGUUGCACCAAAAUCAAAACGCGAUUUUAAAUUACAAUUUUAUUCAUAUAAAGAAUGUGUACAACAAAUAAAAGUUAUCUUUAAAAAUGAACAAACACAAGAAUAUGUUUGGUACGAUAUUACAUUUAAAUCAAUUGUCGAUAAACGUAAUGCACCAACAAUAGCAAAUAUUGACCUAACAACACAUGUUCGACAACAAACAUCACAUGAUAUUAUUCUUGAAAAUCCUUUACCAAACAAAGUUACAUUUCAAGGUCAAUGUUCACAUUCAGAUAUACUUUUACCACCAGAACAAGUUUCAAUUCCUGCAAAUUCUCAAGGUUCGUUCAAUUUUACUUAUAUGCCAUUAAAAGCAGGCAAAGUUGAAACUCGUCUUGAAAUGAAUUCCGUUGAACUUGGCCUAUAUACUUAUAUGUUAACAUUAAAUGCUCUACCAGCUCGUUCCGAACGAACAUUAUACUUUAAAGCACCGUUAGGUAAUUCACAAGUUUUAACAGCAAAAUUUACAAGCUACGCUCGUACGAAAACUGAUUAUGUUUGCAAAAUUGAUCAUCCAGAUUUUAUUGUUGAUCGAACUGUAACAGCAGCGCCAAGUUCAUCACCAUCAACAAUGGAAGUUAGUGUUGAUGUUACGUAUGAACCAUCACAAUUAGGCGAUGUACGUGCAACACUAACGAUUAGUUCUCCAUCAAGCAGUGAUUAUACAUUUCCAUUGGUUGGCCUUGGCGAAUUACCAAAACCGCAAGGUCCAUUUUCAAUUAAAGCCGGUAAUAAUACAACAAUAACAUUUAAAAAUAUAUUUGCUCAAGCAUUAACAUACGCAUUCAAUGUUGACAAUCCACUUUUUCAUGUAACAAAAAGUCAAGAAUUAAUUCAAGCAAGAAAAUCACAUAGAAUCGUUGUUUCAUUUGAUGGAUCGGAUACAGUCAAUAAAGCUGAUGUAAUGGCAAAAUUAAUUAUUUCAUGUCCAAAAACUACCGGAGCAACGAAUUCAUCGAGUUCAAGUGUACAAUGGAUAUAUUAUCUCAAGGGUGUUACUCCAUAA